UACAGGGGAUGUAAAACCAACCCUUAGAAUGGCCCAUUUCUUGAACCCUUCCCUCUCCUCCAAUGACAACCCACUCCACACCCCCUCUCCUCUUUCUCUCUCUUCUAAUACUUCCGAAACCCAAACCCAGGAAAACCCACUAAAUGUAUCUUUCAAAGGCUGGCGAAACCCGCAAAAGAAUUGGAAAAACUGGGUCGAUCAUAUGUGUUCCCUGCACAAAUCCGUGUGGGAAAAAGCUGGAAUCUAUUAUUCGAUAAUGGGUUCGGUUUACUCAAUUAAGAAAGAUUAUGAGUUGGUGAUUAAAUUCGCAGAGAGAUGGUGUCCCGAGACCAAAUCAUUCGCCUUUGAUUUUGGUGAAGCGACUAUCACUCUCGAAGAUGUGAUGACAUUGGGAGGUUACUCCGUUCUGGGUGACUCUGUUUUGACUCCUCUUCCAAUUGACAGAGCAUCGGAAGAAACCAGAGAAGAAUUGCUUCAAGCACGAUUAGAGCUUGUAAGGACAAGAGCUCGAAAGGCUAAUCAAGGUGCAUGGAUGAACAAAUUCAUGAAAAGUGGCAGUAGAAUCGAGCAGGAGGCAUUUCUCUUUCUCUGGUUGUCAAAGUUUGUCUUCUCUUCAGCUGUGGGACAUGAUGCCGUUGGAAAUAAGGUACUUCCCAUCGCUAUACAUCUAGCCCAAGGUACAAAAAUCGCGCUUGCACCGGCUGUGCUUGCAAGCAUUUAUAGAGACUUGAGCUCUUUAAGGGAGAGAAGCAAAAACGAUGUUUUUGCAUCAACUGUUGGGGCAUCUUUCCGAUUAAUUCAGGUUUGGAUUUGGGAGAGAUUCCCUGUGUUGGGACCGAAUCCAAAUCCCCUGGCAUAUGGUGAGGCGAGGUUUGCUCGUUGGCACAUGGUGAAGAAACCGAACAAUGAAAAUGUAGAGUUUUCUCUGGCAACGAGUGGAAAAUGUUUCCUGUGGCGCCCUUAUGUCAUGGCGGGGACUAAUCAGUCGAUUCAUAGUUUGUAUGGUGAAACGGGAAGAUGGUUAUUGGCUAGCCCCCGUAUGGCUGAAGCGUUGGAAUCCUUUGGCCGGUGCGUGAGGGUUUCUGAGCUGGUUGGAUUGGAUUGUAUAGAGGAGUACUUCUCACAUCGCGUGGCGAGGCAAUUUGGUAUGGACCAAGACAUUCCAAGGAAAGUUGUUUUUUGUCCCAAGGGAAAUCCUGAAAUGGCAUGGCAACACUACAGUAGGCCUAUUUCAGAUGCCAAAUUGUAUAUUCCACCGCGAUGCUUGAAUUCACAUGUCACCACUCAAUACCUUGAGUGGUGGAAAAAACCAGAUGGAACGAAGGGUGUUGUAAAAGUGGAAAAUGAUUAUGAUUCCAGUUUUCCUCCCGGAUUUCCUCCCAAACGCUUUGGGAAGAUGGCAAAUAUUUUCCUUCCGUUCCUCCCGGCUUUUCUCCUAACUGGACAAUCAAAACGGAAGACGAUGUUCCUGCUGACUUUCCUUCCAUCCCUCCCAGCUUUCCUCCCAGACUAGUAAGUAAUCCGGGCAACAAUGAGUCCUCUGCUACACUAGCACUAAGUGAUUUUCCAACGAAAAUGAAGGGUAAGCAAAAGAUAGGUCCACCUAGCUUCUUCAACUUCUGAUAACGGAGUACUCCAACGGUCGAUUUGGAAUCAUACAUGUUCCAUUACAAUGUUGUAUAUUCAUCUUUUGUUUUCAGUUUUUUUUGGGUAAUAUGUUGUACGCGUAAUCUGAUCCGGAUACCAAGUUAUAAAAAA